ACUAUUAUUACAUUGCUGCGGCCACUACUCCAACAAAGAUCCAAGCAAAGCACGCGCAAAGAGGGAAUCGAAAGACAGUCGAACAAUGAUGGAGACUGGUCGCACCCGAGAACAGGCUGAUGUUUACGGUGUUAUACGGUCCGAUGGGCAGCAGCGUCGUGAGCGUGUACGCAUGUACGCGGGUAUCAAUGUGUUUGCACCUUGGAAGACCUUGGCAUGUACGUACCGUAUCCCGGGUGUGAAUGCGUCCGUACCUAGUAGAUGUGUGAAUCAUCGUCACCACCAUCACGGGAAAAGAGGGAAUUUCUUAUGGGUGCGAAAGAGAUGGCGUUCAGUUGUAUUGGCCAAAGGUCGGGGCGUGCGGCAUACGGGAGGGACAAUGACAGAUGAUGUGGACAGCGGCCAGCAGCCAGCACGGCUGGAAUUGGAUGGGAUGGGAUGGGAUGGGAUUUCCAUCAAUGAAAGAAAGCCCUGCAAGGGCUUCAGGGCUGUUUUGGAUGAUGCCCAGGUGUGCCUCGAUGUACCAUUUGUCGUUCUCGUUAUCCCGAAUUCUCCCAGCGUGGCCGCACAGAAAAAGGAUGGGACGGCUACCUGCGAUCGCUUUCCAAUGCGCGCCGUGAUGACCCAGCGCCUCACCAUUCCAAGGUUGCGGAAACAUAGGGUAAAAACAAGUAAGAAAUUAGUCGUCCCCAUUCGCGGAAAGAGCGUACGGUACAUGGAACUCAUGUUCGAACGAACAGGCGUGGCAGCAGGCUACAUCAUCGCGCGGAGUGAUUUGCCGUGCGGAAAGUUCCAAACGGAUCAUCCAAAUUCGUCUCGUACCAAGCUACGGGACGAACGUUGUGAUCGAUCGCCAACUUCCCAAGGCCGGAAUCCGGUCUCAGCCCUUGUACCGUCGCGAAAUAUCCGCCUCCAUACAUGUCAUGCUCCUGCAAGGCGGAAAUUCCGUGUGACCAGUGUCAACUUUGCCAUGAUCAAUUGA